AUUUUGCAUUUCCAUUGCAAGCCAUACACCGAUCAUAAUGUCUACACAUUUGUAGUGAAUGUGUCGCUAAUUAAAGCAUUCAUUUGUGUUUUACUUUCCAUUAGUUUUACAUUUAUUUUAACGUGUGUUUUAAGCGCAACAAAAUAAGAUGGGUAACUUUGUGGUCGACUCGUUAGGGCUGAGCGAUGUACUCAAAAUGGACAAACGCCAGCUGUUAUACCAGAUCCUCAACUUUGGUAUGAUUGUGUCGACAGCCCUCAUGAUCUGGAAGGGACUCAUUGUGAUGACCAAUAGCGAGUCGCCCAUAGUCGUGGUGCUCAGCGGAAGUAUGGAACCGGCGUUUUAUAGGGGAGACCUACUGUUCCUCACCAAUCACAGGGAUGAGCCCAUACGGGUGGGCGAUAUU